AGGAAUGUGGAAGUCAGCAGAGUGGAGGGUGACAGGCUGCUCGGGCAGGCGGGCUGCGGCGACGGUGGCAGCAGCAGCGUUUCUCCCUGGCGGCGCCUUCGCUUUGCACAAGGCUCGGCCGUGCUUUCCUCCUCCCUUUCCAUCCCCUGCUUCGUCUCCUACCUAAAGUGAAAGGAGCUGGGGACGCAGCCCCAGGAAGUGUGCAGCAGCAGCGCUGCCGUUUUCGCCUGCGAAUUUCUGUCUGGGAAUUUUGCUUCCUUUUAAAAUGUUCUUGUUCGGAUUCUUUUGACUGGGAGCUGCCCGCUGAUUCUGCCUUCUUUCGCCUGCGUGGACCUCGCACUUUUUUUUAUUUUUUUGGGCUAAGGCUUUAUUUAUUUAUUUUUUUACAUGACUUGAGUGAAGGGGGGAAACUGUCAAGAUGGCAGCAGCAGAAACGAGGAGGUUAUGAAUGUAGUGUUGAUGCUGGAACAAAACCCAUCUUCUUGGCAGCCCCGCGGAGGACUUCGGGCUUCUGGACCUGUUGGAAGAUCGGUGAUUUGACUUGCUUGGUUUUUUGAGCUUCUCCCCUUCUCCACUGAAGGAUUGUUUUUAAAAAGUCCCAGCUGCCUCCCCUCGUUCAAAAGAUUUGCUUUUCCUUUUUUUUUUUUUAACCCGUUCUUUCCUUUGAGGGGAGGGGAGGGGAGGAGAGAAGGCGAUAUGCACAACUGUAGCAAAUGUGAUCGGAUGCAUUUUGAGACUUCAGCUCCCGAGCAAAAGGCGCUGUGAAGGAAAGGAGGGAGGACGAGUCAUCAGUGGGGACUGCUACAAGAGAAGAGAGAAGAAAGCAACAAGCAAAGAGGCUCGGCCGGUUUUCGGAUUUUGAAGCGAGGGAAGAGGGAGCGGGGGGGGGUCUCUUUAAAAAGACCCAGCGCGCUGCUAUUGGAGCAAUUCUGCACGGGGCGAAAGAUAAACAAACAUACGGCACACUGUCGCUGAGACUGCUGCCAAGUCUGCGGGGCUUGGGGGUGUCUGCACGGCUCGCGGUCGGGACCAGGAGGAGCAGGAGCGCACCUGGAUCCCAGGAGCUGGAGGCUGGCGAAUCGAUCUGCUGCUGAUUUCAGGGCGGGGGAAAGAGGAGGAGCGGCGGCGGGGUGGGAAGGAAGCGACCGGACCUUUAAUGGAGAGUGGCAUGUUUGCUCAGCCUCGCUGAUCGCUCCGAGGAGGCGGCGGAGGCGGGACCGGGGUACGGAUCGGGCUUCUCCAGCCCCACUUCUCCCCAACGGCAGCCGGUCGGCAGGCGAGACUCCGGAGUGGGGGGGAGGCCAAGAUGGCAGAGGCGUCUCCCCCCGCCCCUUUGUCCCCUCUGGACGUGGAGCUGGACCCUGAGUUCGAGCCCCAAAGCCGCCCUCGUUCCUGUACGUGGCCCCUGCAGAGGCCUGAGCUGCAGGCGAGCCCGGCCAAACCCGCUGGGGAAGCGGCCGCCGACGCAGCAUCGAUGAUCCCGGAGGAGGAGGACGAUGCGGACGACGAGGAACAAGGGGCUGGUUCGGCCAUGACCGUCGCGGUCCCUAGCAGCGGCGGGAGCGAGGCCCUUGCCCCCGAGGACACGGCCCGUCUGCUGGCUCCGCUGCCCGGGCUGUCCGGCGAGGGCUCCGGCCAGGGCGCCAGUGCGCUUAGCGGCGGGCAGCAGCAGCAACCUGGAGCGGCUGCGGCGCCGAGGAAAUGCUCGUCCCGGCGCAACGCGUGGGGGAACCUGUCCUACGCCGACCUAAUCACCCGCGCUAUCGAGAGCGCCCCGGAGAAAAGGCUCACCUUGUCCCAGAUCUACGAGUGGAUGGUGCGCUGUGUGCCCUACUUCAAGGAUAAGGGCGACAGCAAUAGCUCGGCCGGCUGGAAGAAUUCCAUCAGGCACAAUUUGUCCCUUCACAGUCGAUUCAUCAGGGUACAGAAUGAAGGAACUGGGAAAAGCUCAUGGUGGAUGAUCAACCCAGAUGGUGGGAAAGGUGGGAAAGCACCACGGAGGCGUGCUGUUUCAAUGGACAACAGCAACAAGUACACAAAAAGCAGAGGACGAGCAGCUAAGAAAAAGGCAGCUCUACAAGCUGCACAGGAAACUAGUGAAGACAGCCCCUCCCAGCUCUCCAAAUGGCCAGGUAGCCCAACCUCACGUAGCAGCGAUGAGCUGGAUGCAUGGACGGAUUUUCGGUCUCGUACAAACUCAAACGCCAGUACAAUAAGUGGCCGCUUGUCCCCAAUAUUGGCAAGUACUGAGUUAGAUGAUGUCCAGGAUGAUGAUGCUCCACUAUCACCCAUGCUGUACAGUAGCCCACCCAGCAUGUCCCCAUCAGUAAAUAAACCCUGUAAUGUUGAACUGCCUAGGUUGACUGAUAUGGCUGGCACCAUGAACUUGAAUGAUGGCCUGACAGAUAACCUUAUGGAUGAUCUUCUGGAUAAUAUCACACUCCCCUCUUCCCAGCAGUCACCCACAGGAGGACUCAUGCAAAGAAGCUCAAGUUUUCCUUAUGGAUCUAAAGGUUCAGGUCUUGGUUCUCCUUCAAGCAGCUUCAAUAAUGCUGUGUUUGGACCUUCAUCUCUGAAUUCCCUCCGUCAGUCUCCCAUGCAAACCAUCCAAGAGAACAAGCAAGCUACAUUUUCUUCCAUUUCUCACUAUAAUAACCAAACUCUGCAGGAUCUGCUGGCAUCGGAUUCGCUUAGCCACAGUGAUGUCAUGAUGACUCAGUCAGAUCCACUCAUGUCACAAGCUAGCACAGCUGUGUCUGCGCAAAACGUACGCAGGAACAUCAUGCUCCGGAACGACCCAAUGAUGUCAUUUGCUGCUCAGCCAAGCCAGGGCAGUUUGGUCAAUCAGAACCUGCUCCACCACCAGCAUCAGUCCCAGAAUUCUUCUCUUAGUGGCAGCCGUGCCUUGUCAAAUUCCAUUGGUACUAUAGGCUUAAAUGACACAAACAACAUUGGGUCAGCCAAACACCAGCAACAGUCACCUGUCAACCAGUCUAUGCAAUCACUUUCUGACUCACUCUCAGGCUCUUUAUAUUCCAACAGUGUGAGCCUUCCAGUCAUGGGGCAUGAUAAAUUCCCCAGUGACUUGGACCUAGAUAUUUUCAAUGGGAGCCUGGAAUGUGACAUGGAGUCCAUUAUUCGCAGCGAACUUAUGGAUGCAGAUGGGUUGGAUUUUAACUUUGAUUCCCUCAUCUCCGCCCAGAAUGUUGUCACUCUGAAUGUGGGAAACUUCACUGGUGCUAAGCAAGCUUCAUCACAGAGUUGGGUUCCAGGCUGAAGGAUGUAUGCAAAGAGGGGAAAUGGUCAAAGCAGGCCCUUAUACUGACAUGAGAAUGAAAGAAAGAAA